AUGACGAAAGGGACUUACAUAGAACUGAUCCUGCAGUUCAUGUCCAACAACAACCACAGCGGCAUCGACUUCAAGGAGCCGUUCGUCAAGCCGUCCUUGCGCUACGUCUACCCGUUCUUCAUGUUCCUGCACGCGGUGGUCGGCCUAGUCGGCAUAGCAGGCAACACGGCCAUGGUGGUCGUCAUAGCCAGGCGGCGUCUGUAUCAGGUAGGUCAUAUGAUGCACCGCCAUUUGGUGCGCAACAUCGGAGAAGGAGAGCGAAUGGGAGAUAAGAAAGAGAGAGAAGGGAUAUAAAAAAGAGAGGGAGGGAAAGAGAGAGAGAGAGAGAUUUAUGAUUUUGAACACAUUAUUUUUUUUCUAACAUAGAAAAUAAAAUAGAGUUAUUUGUUUUCUAAGUCAUUUCCUGACUUUUUUUAGGUCUUUAAGAAAGGUCGCUCAAUUUUUACAUACAACACAUGGCAAAGAAUUUUUAAUAUACAUACAUAUUUUAAUUUGAAUGAUGAUGAUGAUUGAAUACUUUUAUAGCGCUUGUGUCCAUAUUAUCUUAGCAUGCUCACAACGCUCUGAUGCCUUGAAAUAUAUUUAAAGAAAAAAGUGUUAAAAUGAUUCUUAAAUGUCUUUUUUUUUUUUUUUUAUUUUCAAUGUUCACUCAAAGAUUGGGGCAAAUUUUUACAUAAUUUAGGCGCAGCAGCUUCAAAAGAGCGACCUCCGUACGACUUUUUUCUGUGUGCUUCCACACUGAGAUCGCUUGUGUCCAUAUUAUCUUAGCAUGCUCACAACGCUCUGAUGCCUUGAAAUAUAUUUAAAGAAAAAAGUGUUAAAAUGAUUCUUAAAUGUCUUUUUUUUUUUUUUUACUUUCAAUGUUCACUCAAAGAUUGGGGCAAACUCUUACAUAAUUUAGGCGCAGCAGCUUCAAAAGAGCGCACUCCGUACGACUUCUUUCUGUGUGCAUCCACACUGAGAACUCUCAGUAAGGACUGCGUUGAAGAGCGCAGGUUCUUUUUAAGGAUACGUGUUUAGACAUCGGUUCUUUAAGAUAUUCAGGGGCAGAGACUUCGAUGUAAUGAUCUGAUUACGUUACCGAUAUUCCGUGAAUUAAAAAUGAUAAUAAUAAUAAUUCGUCUUCAAAUCUCACGGAUCAUUAAUAGAAAAAUUCACACGUUUUAUCAUUUUUAAUUGUGACUCAAUCAGCUUUGGUUUAUCUUCAGGACCAGACUUACUUCCUGAUGGCCAACCUGGCCUUCGCUGACCUGAUCAAAUGCAUGAUCGUGAUGCCCAUCACCCUGGCCAACCUCCUCCUGCAGAACUGGUUGUUUGGCAGCUUCCUCUGCUUCUUCCUUCCCAUGAUGCAGUGCUUUCCGGUCCACGCUUCGAUGCUGACGUUCCUCACUAUAGCCAUAGACAGGUAGAUGGAGAGUCUUGUCGCCACUCACACGCCUUGGGCGGUAGGAAACUACCAGUCAUGGACAGUACCGAGUAUUCAUCCGUGUAAUAUCAGAGUACAGAGUAUACAUCCAUGUAAUACCCACGAUCUUAGGCAUCGAUAGUUCCGGUGGGCCGGGGGGGGGGGGGGCGACUCCCAUUUUUUUUUUGUGUUUUUUCAUUGUAACUUUCAUGAUUCUGAUAAUAAUGUUACAUUUAAUAUUGUAACUUUUCAUGACCUGAGCGGACAUCUCAGAGAGCAGAGCCGUUUUUAGGCAUAUCGAGUAUUCAUCCGUGUAAUAUCAGAGUACAGAGUAUACAUCCAUGUAAUACCCACGAUCUUAGGCAUCGAUAGUUCCGGUGGGCCGGGGGGGGGGGGAGCGACUCCCAUUUUUUUUUAGUGUUUUAUCAUUGUAACUUUCAUGAUUCUGAUAAUAAUGUUACAUUUAAUAUUGUAACUUUUCAUGACCUGAGCGGACAUCUCAGAGAGCAGAGCCGUUUUUAGGCAUAGAAAAUCUAGGCCACCGCCUAGGGCCCCACUGCAAAGGGGGCCCCACCAGGCGCUUUUUUCAAGAGAAAACAUUUUGGACCCCCCAUGCCGGGGCCCCCUACCUACGCUCCAUGCCUAGGGCCCCCAAAAUCCUAAAAACAGCUUAUGCCCUUGUACUAACACAAAGUCCAAGUCUUAACAUAUCAAUCUUUGUCUACAAAAACUAUAAACACUACACAGAAUAAUAAAAUUCUCCAUCGGAAUGAUGAUUGAAUCAAUUCCUAAUCAAUCCGCUUCUCUCUAGACACUACCAUGUCAAGACAGUGGCGUAGCUAGGGUUGGUGUCAACCGGUGCGGUCCGCACCACACCCCCCCCCCGCCGAUCCGCCAAACCCCCUAGCUACGCCACUGUGUCAAGACACUCGUAGCUGCUUUUUUUCAUUCGUUACAAUAUGGCCGCUAGGGUAAUUCCGUACUUUCUAAAAUUAGUAUCACUACACCGACAUGAAAUAGUUCUUUCUACUCAGCGGUAAAUGAGCAUCAAAUAGCAUUAAAUAACAAUAUGUUACAAUUAUAUACAUUUUUUUAGUAAGCAUUAUUUUUUUUACUAUAUAAUUAUUUAGACUGAUUUCUGAAAUUUUAGUAUUCCAAUAUAUUGCAUCGGGUUUUUUUUUGUUUUUUUUUAUUUUGUUUUGGUUUUUUUUUAUUUAAAAAAAAAAAAAAAAUUAAAAGUGCCCCUAAUAUAAAUUCUUCUAAAUGGCAAUUAAGAAUAUUUUGAAAGUUAAAUUCAGCCUUUAAGAUUGGUCAGUGGAGCUUGACUGUUCAAAUGAAGAUCCAUUUCACAGACCCAGGAGCUUGUCUGCAGAUUAUCAUCGAGAAUAGGUAAUCUCCUACUCUUGUAAAGUUUAUCUUGACGGUGCGAUCAGGAUUGAGAUUCGGCACAGUUUAAACUCGAGGCAAAAUGUAAAACGAUCGGAUCAGAAAACGCCAGACGAAUCGAUCUCCCUUUCAAAGAAAUCGAUACUGUUAAGUUGGUGUCGGAACCAUAUUAGUUGCCCGUGAAAGCUGUAUCGAUACUUUUUUUAAAAAUAAUGUAAGCUCCAGUUGUUGUUUUUUUUUCCUUUAAGAAUUCAUUUCGACUUAGUGGCAGAUAACGCGUUAGCUUGUUUCUGAGACAGUUUUAGCGAUUACACCUCGCGACAACUCGGGUAUGAGACCUGAGACACUUUGAUCUUUUUGCUGGUAGAUCCUCAAACAGAUUCAGAGUUUUUAAAAAAAAUGCAUCGAAGCGGUUAUCAAAUUACUAAUACACGAUGGUUCGAAUUUAUAUCUCUCGUUUUGGUGACUAUUUUCCCCAGAGUCAAAAGAUCUCAUCAUUACUAUUUGAAGACAUUCAUUCAUCCAUUAAUAUCCAUGUGGUCGUUUCGAUAACAUCUGAAUGUUGACAUAAUCUGUGCCCGUGACUAUUCAAGAUGUAUAAUCCUAUUGUUUACAAAGCCUGUGCCACUUCCAUUUUCAGAUAUCGUCUGAUCGUUCACCCGUUUAAAUCACGACUUCCGGUCGGCCUGUGUGUCAUCGCUGUGUGGGUCGGCGCCGUGUGUGUUGUGCUGCCUUUCGCCAUCUACAUCAAGUACCUUGACCUCGCGGCCUUGCUAGGUACGAUUUUGGUGUGUUCGAAAGAAACAGCAAAACUUAUUCAACACAUCAAUGCUUAAUGCUUAUACCAGAGGCGCUUGGAUAGGAUACCGUUUAAUGAUCUAGAAAUCCCUACUCAUAAAAGCGUUUGUUCUAGCACUGAACUAGCCAUUAAAGAGCUUAUCAUUGCGUAGCUGACAUACUCGUUCAGAGGUCAGGAACCUGCGGCUCCGGCAUCCGCAUGCGGUCAUCUGAAGGAAUAUAUUAGGAUCUUUGGAGAAAAAAAAUUAGGGCUGCUGACGAUUAAUCUAAUUUUAAUAGUUAACUUUUCUAACGUUAUUUUGAACAAUGUAUUACUUCCGGCUCCUAUAAUAUUUAGUUAGCAGAUAAAAUCCAUUUUAAAAAAUCCUCCUCACUCCAAAAAAAAAAAAAAAAAAAAAAAAAAAAAAUAAAAAAAACCCCCCCCACCAAAAAAAAAAAAAAAAAAAAAAAAAAAAAGUUAACAGGCCCCUGUACUUGUUGACUCUGCAAGAGUUCAUACCUAAGCAUGUCAGACCUAAGCAUGUCAGACCUAAGCAUGUCAGACCUAAGCAUGUCAGACCUAAGCAUGGAAAGGUUUUGAAAAACUCGAAUACAUUUUCCUUAAACAGUAACACUAACAUUUCACGUGUAAGAUUUUUCCAUGACACAUUUUGCAAAUAACACUUUGCAUAUACCACUUCCGUUUAACUUUUCCUUCAUGUUUCCAUUCCAGGAGAAGAUUUCACUGGCGUGGGGAUUUGCUAUGUGGCCGGGGAGAGGAAGAUCGAGCAGUACAUCCGGGCUAUCUUCGUGACGCUGUACGCCAUGCCACUCGCCGUCAUCGCUCUCCUGUACGUGCGCGUGUCGGCGGAGUUCAAGUCCAGGGAGGCGCCUUUCAUCUCGGUGCACUUCACGCAGAACAUCACGACUGCGGAACCCGAUGCGGACCGCGGCACCAGGGGAGGAUCCACGAUCAUGAACUCGUGGUCCCCCGUGGAGCCCUACAGCACCGGCUCGCACCACCAGCACGUGCACAGCACCUCCAGCACCAUCCUCCUCCCCAGGGACGGCUUCGCGGCCACGCUCCCCACCGCCCCCGCCUCGCGGUCGGACUUCCCCGGCCACCACGCCCACUCCAAGCACUACCACACGAGCCCCACGUGCAGCAGCCAAGGGGACGCCAGCAGCGUGGUGUCGUCGUCCCACGCCCGCGUGGAGCGCCACGCCCACAUCAAGUCGUGCCACGGCGAGCGGGGCGCCGCCCAGGUCAACGACGACGAGCUGGACAUCCACAAGGAGAAGCGGACCCAGAACUACCUGAUCACGAUGACCACGCUGUUCGGCAUGUGCUGGUGCCCCCUGAACAUCCUCAUCCUCGUGCACUUCUUCGUCCACGAGAACGACGACAACAUCGGACAUUACGACAUCACGUACAUGCUGUUCGCCUGGUUCGGCUUCCUGUCCACCUGCACGACCCCCGUGCUGUUCGCCUCGUGGCGGAUGUCCGACGCCACCAAAGACAGACUCAGGGGAUACUUCCGGUUCAGUAACAGA